GCGCGUGUCUCUCCUAGACGGCAUGUCUGACUCAACGGUUCCAUGUUACAAGCGAGUUGUUGUUUUCAUUGGCAGGACAGGAUCAGGAAAAUCUACUUGUGCAAACGCUUUGACGGGCGACUUUGAUUCAUUCAAAGAAAGCGACGGUUCGGUAAGCGAAACGAAGUUCGUGGAAGCCAAAACAGUUCGUGUCGAUCGGGCAGAAGGAAAAGUCUACGAUGUGAAGAUUGUAGACACGAUUGGCAUCGGUGACACUAAACUGUCCCCUGACGAAGUCUUGCAGCGACUCGCGGCCGCCUGCCAUGAAUGCAGAGAAGGAAUCAAUGCCGUGCUGUUUGUCACAGGUGGACGAUUUACAAAAGAAGAAGCGGAUGCUUGGGACGUCAUGUGGCAAGUUCUGUUUGGAAGUGAAGUUUUUGAGCAUACAGCUAUAAUACGAACAAAUUUUAGAAAGUUUCAAGAUCCGAAUGAAGUCGCAGACGACAAAAAAAAGUUGAGAGAGGAAGGAGGACCUGCUGCAGGCAGAAUCUUGCCCAAUGUGAAACACUUUCUGUAUGUUGACAAUCCACCUGAAGAGUACGGAGGGAAAGAAAUACGUGAGAAAUCACGUGACAUCUUACUUACACAUCUGAUCGUCAACUGUGAAAAGGUUUUCCAACCACCGAUUAUGCGUGAAGUCAAAGAACGAAUUUCCCAGCACGCAAACGCACAUCAAGAAGCAAUAAAGAAGCAAGAGCAGAUGGAAGUUGAGCUAAAAAGAGUUCACGAUGAAAUAGAACGACUCCAGAUUCAAGUCGAAGUAAACAAGGCUAACAGGGAGAAGGAAGAAGCAGAGAAAGCAAUGGCGCGAGAAAUGGAGGCCAUCAUUGAACAGAAAGCAAAUCAAGAAGCAAUGAAGAGACAAGAGCAGCCAGACGUUGAGCUAAAGAAAUCUGAUAGUGAAAUAGAACAACUCCAGAUUCAAGUCGAAGUAGACAGAGAUAACAGAGGGAGUGAAGAAACAUACAAGGCAAUGGCACGAGAGACGGAGGCCAGCACUGAACAGAAAGCAAAUCAAGAAGCAAUGAAGAAACAAGAACAGCUAGAAGUUGAGUUAGAAACUCACAAAAAAAUAGAACAACUCCAGAUUCAAGUCGAAGCUAACAGAGAGAAAGAAGAAACAGACAAGGCAAUGGCACGAGAGACGGAGGCCAUAACUGAAAGGAGAGCAAAUGAAGAAGUAAUGAAGAGACAAGAGCAGCUAGAAGCUGAGGUAAAGAAAACUCAUGAUGAAAUGAAACGUCUCCAGACUCAAGUGAAAGCUAUCGAAGAGAAGGAUGAUGCAAGCAAAGCGGAAGCAAAUGAAGGACUUCUGGGACGAGCAGCUGCACAGCUAGUUGAUAAAGGAACUAAAUUCGUAGUAAAUGCCGCCAAACAGCUUUGUUCUGUAAUGUGAAUUGAGUUGGACUUUUGGAGAAACUCUGCACGCUAUUGUAGUAACAACUGUCUUUGCUGUCUGUGUCUUUACUGCAUGCAUGCUCGUUAGCUGCAGCACUAUGCAUGCAAGCAUACACAGUGAUCGUGUUUGCGAUGCUUACUCUAAGCUAUACAUGGUGUUGCCAACUAAAUAUAUACAAUUAAGACAG